UUUCCGGGGUUUUCUUUUCAAUACAAGCCGUGAAGCAUGCUAGCGAGUCCAACAGUUAAAGACCGAGAAGUGCCAAUAUGUCUGCUGACUUGUAGCUGUAUUUUUUAGGGGCAGAGUCAGCGUGCUCUGAAAUGACUUAAAAAAAGCGGUAGCUUUAGCGUAUUGGUGGAACAUAAGGUUAAAUAUACGGCAGACGAUGAUAGAACCGGAGCUACUAACCGAGGUCCCUGCAGCACUGAAGCGACUAGCCAAGCAGGUCGUCAGGGGUUUCUAUGGAGUUGAACAUGCCUUGGCCCUGGAUGUGCUGAUCCGCAACCCAUGUGUACGUGAAGAGGACAUGCUGGAGUUGCUCAAGUUUGACCGUAAACAGCUGCGCUCAGUACUGAACACAUUGAAGGCAGACAAGUUUGUCAAGUGCCGCAUGAGAGUGGAGACUGCUCCUGAUGGCAAGACAACACGACACAACUACUAUUUCAUCAACUACAGGGUACUGGUCAAUGUGGUCAAGUAUAAAUUGGAUCACAUGCGACGGCGCAUUGAAACAGAUGAGCGAGACUCCACCAACCGUGCCUCCUUCCGGUGCCCCUGCUGCUUCUCCACCUUCACAGAUCUAGAGGCCAACCAACUGUUUGACCCUAUGACAGAUACAUUUCGUUGCACCUACUGCCAGACAGAGGUAGAAGAGGAUGAGUCUGUGUGUCCCGAUGCCAGGACACUGGUGGCACGCUUCAACGAGCAGAUUGAGCCCAUCUAUGCGCUGCUGCGUGAGACCGAAGAUGUCAACUUGUCCCAUGACCUGCUUGAGCCUGAGCCAGCUGAGAUUCCUGCCCUCAAACAGAGUCGUGAACGUAAUGCAGCAUCUGGAGGAAACUCUGCAAGCGGCCCACAUCGUGAAGCCUGGUCUAACAAAGGCUCAUCCUAUGAAGACCUCUACACCCAGAAUGUGGUCAUCAGCAUGGAGGAGCAGGAAGAACAGCAGAAGCAGGCCAAUGAGGGCAAGGCAUCUAAGGAGAGGCCCAUCUGGUUGACCCAGAGCACCGUGCAGGGGGCUUACAAUGAGCCUGACAUCCUCAGGAACCAUGGAGAUGUUGUACCUGGAGCCCAAGAGGGAGCAGGUCUUGGAAUUAGUCAGUCAGAUGAAAAUGAGGAAGUGAUGCGCGCCCUGCUAAUCCAUGAGAAGAGAGGUGUGGCAGGUGGAGGUGUAGGUGGAGCGAGUGCCGCUACCAGGGGGCUCGCUUCCGCCACAGCCAAUGCCAGCGACUCGGACAGCGACACCAGCGAAUCAGAUGACGAGACUCCCUCAAAUCCUCCACCUGCUGCUCAGCAUCGGGCAAAUGAGGAGGAGGAAGACGACGACGAUGAGUUUGAGGAGGUCGGGGAUGAGCCGAUGGUGAUGGUGGGAGGCCGGCUGUGCACAUACCGAGAGGUCAGCCAGAGACCGGAGCUCGUGGAGCAGAUGUCUGCACAGGAGAAGGAGGCUUACAUUGAAAUGGGACAAAACCUCUUCCAGGACAUGUACUACUGAACAUACACACACACACACACACACACACACACACACACACACACACACACACACACACACGUAUAUUUUCAUACAUUUACACACACAAUGAACCGUUUGGAAGGAUGGACUUUGAGUACUUCUGCUGUCUCACCCUGUCAGUUGUGAUAUCCAAUAUCCAAUUUGUGGACACAAACUGCUCAAGGAAAAAAGUAUUUACAGUUUUCUUCAUAAGAACUAAGGACUCUGACAGUGUUGACAAGCGAUCACACCGAUAGUAUUUCAGCCCAAGUAUUUUUUCAUUCUGAAGUCACCAAACCAGAAGGGAGCGAGCCAGCUCGAGUUUGCCAACUUGUUUUUUGUUAGUCUCUUUGAGUUUAACAGGCUGUCUUACACCAGUCACGUUUUAGCCAUUUCCUUCAGUCGCGCGUCUCUCAUGCAUCUGACAGAACAGAUAUGCUUCAGUUUUAAUCAGUACUGCUGUCUACACACAAACUCAUGUUGUAUGCUUCAUGUCUGUUUUCUUCCAACUCAUGUAUAUCCACAUUAAUUGUGUAUGGGGCUGGGAGCUCUGCCAAAAGACGUCUGAAGCCAUAGCAGUGCUGUGGUUUGAUUGUAAGCAGUGUGAUGCUUAAAGGACUGAAGCUGCUGCUGCUGCUGUUGUUUUUGUGCUGCUGACGUGACAGGCAGCCUGUGUAGACAAGAUGUUUGGUCGAAUAUUUUCUGGUUUUCUGAAACGGGAUCAGACUAGAUUCCACAGCUUCAGGCAAGCAAAAUGAGAAGAUAUGGGUAAAUUGUUGGGGUUUAUAGGAAAGCAUUUGUUAUUCUGAACGACCUGUAAUAA